CAGGGACGGAACCCACGUCUCCCUCAUUGGAAGGUGGAUUCUUAACCACUGGACCACUAGGGAAGUCCCAACUCCCUAUUUUUAAAUGUUGACAACUAACUCAAAUAUUUAUGAUUAGACCCAGAGACUAAAUCAACCAAAAAACUGGGUUCCCCCGGUCCUUGAAGAAGUUUCCUUCAAACCUUGACAAGAGAUGAGGAAAAUAUUUAUAUCCUAGUCUUCUAGGACAGCUAACUACAGGAGGUGGGAUAAAGUCUUUAAAUUUCCAUAUUAAAUCAGUAAGAUCUUUCAGAACCUACCAAACUCAUCAUCAUCAUCAUUAUAAUUUCAUCUUUGCAUAGUUCUGACCUUUAGAACACACUUUAUUCUAGUGCAUUAAAAUCUGGGACUUUUCGUUGAAAACUGGCAGUUUUAAUUCAGUACAAGAAAUACCACGCACCCUUGCAGAUGCUCACUGAACACUCCUCCCCACUCCCCCACUCAAAGCUGGCUCUUUUCCAGGCUCGUCAUCAGCAAAGCCUCCUCUGCCCCGCUCCCUGCCUCACUCCCAGCAUUGUCUGCUGCCAUCACCCGCUCCCUGGGGUUCCCAAAGCACAGAAUGCCCUUGCUAAGCUGCUCCCUCCCUGAAUGAUUUUCUGGCCUCCCCUUCCAAGGCCUCCCCCCACCCCACCCCACGCCUCCCCACCCUGUCCUCACCAGGGACCAGCAGGGGGAGGCUUGCCUGGGCUGCCCUCUGUAUGAGAUAGAAGAAGGGAGUGGCUGAGGGCUGCGAGUUGGUUUUCUGAGUCCCAGGAUCAUACCAGAGGUUUCAGAGUCUUGCUGCAGAGCACCUGCCACAAACACUCCACCAACACACGCAGACACUCCACAAGUAGCCUCCAAUCAAGGAUUAGACCUCCCUUAUCUUUCUGGGAAUAUUCCUGAGUUCUCCCCAGAAAAACUCCGGGGCAACUCUCCAAAGUUUCAUAUACGCUAUACGAUUUCAUUAUGUACUUUUUUGCUCCUUUAAUAAAUAUUUCUUUCUGAACUCAGGCCAAUCCUGCUAUGCAUUCAUGCCCAAGCAGCAUCUGCCCCUCCCCAAGUGCUGGGGUUGGGGGGUGACGCUGGACCAGGUAAAGUCCCCAAGCAUCUAUGGGUGUUGUAUCAAACCAGCCCAGCCUUGCCUAAUCAUUUGCGGUGGCAGCUUGCUAAUGAAAGCUUUGUGACAAAGAGUGAGGCCUCUCUCAGAGGUGGCGGCCCCGACAGCCCCAAGGUGCAGCCGAAAAAGUGCACCACUCGCCUCGCUGCCGCAGCCCUGCCGACCCGAUCCCAGCGCUCAGCCAUGAUGAGAAGAGGCCUCCAGGUGGCAGCAAGACCUAGCCACCACGGAGCCCUUCCUGGCGGCCCCUACAUCCUGCCCACGUUCAGCCCUGCCUCAGCAUUCGGAUCCUCCAUGGACUCCCUGGUCUCAAGAUUCUGUCAGGAGAAGACAGAUUUGAAGAAUUAUGCCCUCCCCAAUGCCAGCUGGUGUCCAGACAUGCUGAACCUGUACCACAAAUUUCUGGAGAAAACUAAGGCCGAUGGCUGGAUCAGACUGCCCUCCUUCAAGUCCAACAGAAACCACAUCCAGGGGCUCAAGCUCCCAUUAGUGUUAACAGUUUCCUCAGACAAAAGUGACUGUCACAUCUUCACCAGGUGUAUCGAAACGGAAGGACAAGGCUACGAGUAUGUCAUCUUUUUCCACCCAUCCAAGAAGAAGUCUGUCUGUCUUUUCCAACCAGGCCCCUACCUGGAGGGGCCCCCAGGGUUUGCCCACGGAGGGUCACUGGCAGCCAUGAUAGACGAGACCUUCUCUAAAACUGCUUACCUGGCUGGAGAGGGGCUGUUCACACACAAUCUCAACAUCAGGUUCAAAAACUUGAUCCGUAUGGGCUCUCUGGCUGUGCUGAACGUUGGCAUGGAAAAGGUUGAGGACCAGAAGCUUUACAUAUCCUGCGUCGCCCAGAGCACGGACCAGCAGACCAUUUACACCAAAGCUUCAGGUACUUUCUUCCAGCUGCAGCUGGAAGAGGAUUCAUCUCAAUACUACACGCUGUGCCUUCAGGAGAGCCUACUGCCAACCGCCUUGCCUACCUGGGACACACUCCAGAGCAGCGGGGGGUGUCCGGGAAGUAACUGGUGAAGUGAGGGAGAAGGCACUUUCCUUUGCAUAAAUAAAGUCUCACAGCCCCGUUCGCAGUCCAAGACCCUUCUGCAGUUGGAAAUGAAAAUCCUUCCAGGGCCUUCCACAUACCCACCUUCCCAUCCAGCACCAAUAGAAGCGGUGUACUGAGAUCUGCCAGGGACCAGGCACUGGGUGAGGCACCAAGCACACAGCGAUGAAUGACAGGGCCCCUGGCCUCGAGAUGCACAACUGUGGGCCGGGAGCAGAGUGCCCCAUCAGCUCCUCCCACCCCACCGUGGCUCUGGUUAUGGGUGCAGUGCAGACACAGAGGGAGGGGGACGGUCAAUUUUACUCUAGGAAAGCGAUCAAAGAAGGCUUUCUAGAGGAAGCUGUGCUUGAACGGAGUCUCAGAAGUUAAGUGGUAUCCACCAGGCAAGCAGGGGACUAUUCCAAACAGAGGGACUAUUGUGAGCAAAGUCACUAAGGGAUGAAAGAGCACAGCAACUUUGGAGAACAGCAAGGUGUUGAGUGGGGCAGGAGUUUAGGGAAAGAGAAGGGGUCAGGGCAGGUGCAGGCCAUGGAAGGCUCCUUAAACCCUGCAAUGGAGCUUGAACUGUGUCUUGUAGGCAAUAGGGAGCCUUUAAAGUGUUUGGGAGUGACAUAAAGUUUUGUUUUUUCAAAAGAUGACUCUGGUGGCAAUAAGAGGUCAGCAAGACUGAAGGUGGGAGCACUGGUUAGGAGACCCUUGCAGGGCUCCAAACUAGAGAUAGGAAGGACCUGAUAUGGUUCAAAGCCAUGAAGAUGAGAGAUAUGGAAUAUGUUGCAAACAAAAGAGUACAGAACUUUGCCACUAAUUGUAUGUAGUGGAUCUGUGAAGGGGAGCCUUCAAAGAUGACUCCAAGUUUCCAGCUUGGUGGUUCCAGGUGGCAUCAUUGGGAAUACAGGGGAGCAGGUUUGAGGUGGGGGAAGAUAAUGAGCUCAGUUUCACACGCAUGGAACCCCAUGGAACCCCCAUCGCAUGGUGAUCCCCAGCAGGAGCCUGGAUAUUGUAAUCUGGAACUCAGAACUGAUGACAUACUGACUCGAUUUGUAAGUCAUCAGUAUCAAAACUGACAUGGAAUCCCUGGGAGUGGAUUAUGCAGAAUGAAAGUGAAGAGGAGGCAAGGGGUGUGAAAGUGACAGGAUGGGAGAGAAAGGAAGGACAGGGAAAGGGGUCAAAGACAGAACCUUUGGUCACAUUAAGGCUUAAAGCUGGGGCAGAGAAUCAAACACCCACUAAGGGGGCUUCCCUGGUGGCGCAGUGGUUGAGAGUCCGCCUGCCGAUGCAGGGGACGCGGGUUUGUGCCCCGGUCCGGGAAGAUCCCACA